UGUCAUUACUGUCACUCAAAAACGAAUGUGGAUUUGUUUAGAAAAUCUGGAAAAUAAAACUGAAUUAUCUUCUGGAAAUAUCACUUUAUGUUGUGUUUUUUGUUUAUAAUUAAUUUGUGUGAUGUGAAAUUUGUUCGCUGGAUACAACAGCUUCUUAAAUUUUUAACAUAAAAAUAGAUAAAAUGGAUACAAAUUUACCGCAAAGUUUUUCUCUAAUUUGUGGGGAUUUGUGCAAUCAACUUUAUGUAAAAGAAUAUAAUAAAAGCAAAGUUAAUUCUCUCAUUGAUGAACUCAAUGCUCAACCGUACAAGGGAGAGCUAUUUGUCAGGAAACAAGAUGCAGCGACGUUAGUUACUGCUUUAUGUGUAAAUAUCAAGCCUGAAGAUGAAUUUCUAGCAGCAAAGACUUCACAUUUGAUAAAUAGCAUUCUAUCAAAGCAGAAUUUACAAUUUGAUGUAAAUUACUUAGAGAAAGUGGUGACAUGGUACAUUAGUUGUAUGAGGAAAUGUUCAGACAUUGUUUUGCCUGACAUUCUACACAAUCUUCAAUGCAUUUUGCAACUAAGCCCACAGUUGGGUCACAAGUUUUCAAAUACUCUAAUUGGACCAGAAGGUAUUCUACUAAACCUAAUAGACAUUGAAAAGAAUCAAACACUGAGUACACAAAGCCCGCUACAGAACUGUCUUAUUGCUUUAAAGUGCAUAACUUGCUGCAUAUCUGCAGAGGAUACUAAAGCAAAUGAUGGAACUAACACUGUGCCUGUAGAGAUCAAGGAACAGAUCUCAACUAUAGUUGUUAAGUUGCUGAUGAAAGGUUCUAUUAAGUCUCAAGAUGAGUUCUUAUAUUGUAAGGUUAUUAUUGCAGCCCUAAGAGUAUUGACUCAACUAUACUUUAAUGACCAGAAAGUGCCUGUGUCAUUACCUGACGUUGUUGGUCUGUGCCGAUACUUUAUUCUUUAUGGUCUGGUGACACAGGGUCCCAAACCAGAGAGAAUCAUGCCAGCACAGCAAAGCAUAGCAACUGCACCUGUAAAAAUUCAACCUAAAGGUGGAAAGAAACAAAAAAUCAGGAAGCAAAGGAAUAACGCCAUUGAGAGUCUAAAGAAAGAGAUACCAGUAUCAGAUCACAGUCUCAUGAAGGAUGUUGAUAAGUUCGAAAAUAGCUCAGCAUACAAACCAGCAAGUAAGAACUACUUGGAGCCACAGAGAGCUAAGAACACUUGGGUGCUUACGAGCGAUUCUGACAUGUCUGAUGUCGAGAAUAGCAGAGAGGCUAAGCUUGUAGCAUUGAAGUCCAGAGUGAGGCAAAGUGCUUCCAAUUUAUUAUUAGUUUUAGUUAAGGUAACAGAAAGAAAAGACAUGUUUGGCUACUGGUGGGCGUUAUUGCCUGAUUCACCAAAUACCGACAACUGGUCCUCUGACGAUGGUGCUAAGAAGACCCUGGCGUAUUGCGCGGUCAUUGACCCCAUCGCUAAUAGCAGGGCCAGUGUGUUGAGUGUCAUACUGGCACUUCUCUCUGGUUCUAGAGUUUAUUUAUCCCAGGCAGAAAGCAGCAAAAGGGAAACCAAGUCGUUCAUACCAUUCUCGGUAUCUCUUGGCUACGUUAUCACAUGCAUGCACAAAGUGUUGGUAAGCAUACUGGACAGCGAAAGAAGCCACGCCGUUAUCAUAGUAGCCCUGAAAUGUUGCGCUGCUUUGGUGCAGUCGACUCCGUACCAUAAAAUGCAAGAAGGUCUGAUCAGUGAGCUAGUACGCGCGACAAGGAAGUUUUUAGUGCGUAAAGACAUCACAUUGCAAGUAGGAGCUCUCAUUACCAUGGGGUGCGUUCUAUCCAUCGACCCCAAAGUAGAUGAGUUACUCAAAGCAAUACAAAAAGACUCCAUCCCUGUCAAGGCGAAGCCUGAAGUAAACCAGAGUAUAGUCAACGAAGACUGCGAUGACUUUGAAGAAGGAUAUUCUGAUGAUGAAAUGUUUGCUGAAAACCAAUUGGAUAGUCUAAAUAACGAGUUUGAUGAAGCAAAAAGUUCCAGCUUCAAGUCUUGGAUUUUGGACAUUUGUUUCAAGAAUAUGGGCUGGGUUUUGAAAGGGAAAGAAAUGACGAAAUGUAAACCAGCAGCGAUACCAGUGAUCCUAGAGUCUCUCCAAGUGCUAUCUGCUAUAGCAUUCCACCACGCUGGUGACGUGCUGACCAGUCACUUAGCACCGCUGACGGACUUGCUGUGCGAGAUGCUGAGACACGAACACCAAGACGUGGUGGUUUAUACCGCGAAGAUGAUCAGCGUGAUGGGUGACGCUUUACAAAAAUUAGAACAAACCGACCAGCCACCUCCCCUGAACCAAUGUGUGAGCAUGUGGCAGGCGCUGCUUACGCCGUUAUCAUCCGUAAUUCAGAGCCACGAAACGUCGCCCGCUAAGGCCAUUGUUUGCGACUGCAUCGCCAACAUUGGAGAAAGGUCCUUCAAGGAACUGCCGAGGCGACUUCAAGUGCUAUGCUGCACCUUACUCGUUGGUUCGUAUGGCGACGAGGAGCCGAAUGUACGCGCGGCCGCUGUGCGAGCGCUAGCUAUGACGGUGAUGUACAGGACUCUUAGAGAAGAUAUUAAUUUUGUAAGUGACUGCGGGGAAUAUAUCAUCAGAGCACUGUCAGAGUCUUCUCUGGUCGUCCGGACUAAAGGAGCGUGGGCUUUGGGCAACCUUAGCGAUGCGCUCGUUCUAAACAUGGAGGACCCCGAAACAGAGCGUAUAGACGAGGAACUGUUGUGCCGACUGCUAGAGGUCAGCGUGAAGUGUGCAGCGGAUAACGAUAAGGUCAAAAUGAGCGCAACCCGAGGUCUAGGGAACUUUCUUCGCCUCGUCAGAGAUUACACAGUACAGUCUCAUCCACAAAUGAAGACGCUAAGCGAGUCGGCCAUAGACAAGCUACUGGACUGUGCGUGUAAAGUCUCCAAUAUGAAGGUGCGGUGGAACGCUUGCUAUGCUAUGGGAAAUGCGAUGAAAAACGAGUAUUUGUUUACGGGAUUCAGCGGGUGGCAGAGUAAGGUGUUCCCAAAACUAUGUGGUCUAAGUCAAGACUGCAAGAACCUAAAGGUUCGCAUAAACGCCGCGGUGGCGCUGCGAGCGCCCGCUUUGCGACCCCACUAUGGCGACCACUUUGCGGCGGUGUGGAGGGGGGUCAUGGCCGCCAUGGAAAACGCUGCCAAUGUAGACGACUUCACCGAAUAUAAACAUAAAGACAACCUCAUUGAACAGUUAUGCGUAACCCUAGCGCACUUAUGCUGCUUACUCACUCAGUCGGAUCUCAACGAUAUACUGGACCCCUUAGUAUUUCAUUACGACUGUGCCAAAUCUCUCUUCACCCAGUUAUGCCACAAGUUGCCUCCAGAAAACGCGUCCUGCCUCAAAAUACUGCAAGCGGCGAAGUAUGUGACAGUUGAUUUGACAGCGUCAAACGAUACGCAGUCUCAGUCGUUGGCUAUGUUACAGGAUAUAUUCAUUUGGGAUAUGUAAAUAGAAUUUUAUUGUCAUUAUACAGAUGACAGCACAUCAUGCUAAGGCACCCAGACUACAGAAUUUUAGUCGGCCGAUAGUUUGAUCGGCUUCCAAUUUGUAUGAAGAAUCGGCGGACACCAAAUCGGUGUAAUUUGCGCACUUCCAUACAUGUUCAUAAUGAUUAGAGUAGGUAGGCGCACACCGUUGAUUUUUAGUUGGCCGAUAGUUGUGCCCGAUUUUAAAUUGUAUGAAGAAUCGGCCAAAUCGAAUCGGCGUAGUGUGCGCACUCCCAUACAUGCCCAUACUGAUCAACUGCCCGACUAAACUAUCGGCCGACGAAAAAUCAACGGUGUGCGCCUACUCUAACAACCCGACCCUACUAUCGACUAAGGCCGAGUUGCACCACCUAACUUUGACCGUAACUAUGACGAUAACCGGUGUUUUUGUAUUGAGUUUGACAGAUUUUUGACGUUUGUCAAAGUUAAAGUAAGAUGGUGCAACCCAGCCUUAAACUCUAGUCUGCGUGGUCUCUAAAUACUGUAUCAUCGUACUUAUUUAGUUGUCACAGGUGCUAUUUUGCAAUAAAAGUAUAUUCUGAUGUACUGUCGACUGUAGGUACGUAGUUUUAAAAUGAAUGAAUCUAUGACUAUUUAUUUUUCAUGAAUAAUAUUUUAUAACUGCUUAGAUAAUGUAGAUGCACAAAUCGAUAAGAUUGUAUUUCUUCCAUUGAUCUCUUUGAAUGAUUGCUUAUUAUUACUCUUGAUAAUGAAUAAAGAAUUAUAACGUCACAACAGCAUAGUAGGUAAACAUGCCAUUAGACAAUACUCUGUACGCACGGUCAUUGUCGUGUAAAACAAUUGCACGCGCGUAGUUGUAGCGUUUUUGGCAUGAUACGAAUUUAUUUUGAGCGUUAUCUUAUCGAUUACGUUCAAUCGUGAACUCGGGCAAUGCCGAUGAAAAAUAAAAUCGAGUUUUACGCCGAUUUACCGGUAACGCCGAUUUACCGGCCAUAAGUGCCACUUGUGGUCUAAACUGAAUAAAUACUUUUGAUUUUGAUUUUGAAAUCGUUUGCAUAUUUUGAUGAAGUUAUGAAAUUUUGCUGCUAAUUGAAUUAAUUUAAACAGGUUUUAACGCGAUACGCGGAUAGGUAAUAUUGAAAUAUUACCUGUAUUUUCCUGACAUUUCGACCGGGUUGCAUCGGCAGUCGUCACAGACUGUCAAAACCUGUUUAAAUUAAUUCAAUUAUGCAAUGCGAAAGUUUAAAAUUAUUUUUUGCUGCCAUUUAGUAAAGACUUAUUUAAAAAUAUUUAGUUCCAAUGUUUCUGAAUCAAUAAAUUGUCGAAGCCACAGCACUUUUUCAUGGCAUAUUAAUGUAUCUCUUAAAUUAUCAUAAUAUUUUCAAAGUAUUCUCUCCUUAUAAAGGCGAAGGGAUAAAACAUUGACGCUUUCUUCUUCUUUAUUUAUUGUAUUAAUAUAAGAUAUCAAUUUUAUUUAUGUAAUUUUUACACAUUUUUAUGUUUUAAGUAGUUAUCAAUAAAA